AUGGAUUUUUGCAGCAGCCUUUCGCCUGACUGGGUCGAAAAUCUCAUUCCGACCUACAACCAAGAGUUCUCUUCGAUCCGAAGAAAGCUAGAGAGACAGAUUGCAAGCUUGACCAAUCAUCCAGGAGAUCGGCAAAUAGUGAGCGAAAGGCUAGAACAGCUCGUUAAGUUAAUGCCUAAGAUCAAGCGGCUGCAGGCCAACAUCUCCGAGCACUUCCCGGACCAUUCUUUUAACGUUUCCGAGACUUCCGGCGGCUCUGAUGAUGCUGUUUCCCCAGAAUGGGAUUCAAUGGAGAAUAUCUUGCUCGAGCUCAGUGAAAGACUUAUGAUUUGUUCGGGAACCGAGGACUGGGUCGCCGAUCGGCUUCGAGACAUUCUGAAACGUCUUUAG